AUGAAGCAGUUGUUCUGUUCUCUUAUAGGGACAGUGAGGUAUUAUAGUUCUGGUGCUGCUUCUCAGCAACCGAAAUGGAAGAAAUCCAAGUUUUCUAAGAACAAAUAUAAGAAGAGCAAAAGUGGUGCUACAACUCCUAGAAAGCCUAAAAUACAGUGGACUGAUGAACAAUCUAAAGCCCUGAGGGCUAUUCGUGAUGGAAAGUCUGUUUUCAUCAGUGGCUCAGCUGGAACUGGGAAAACUGCUUUGGUUGAGCAUGUUAUUAAGGAACUCAAGAAAAAUCACGGUCGAUCGCAGGUUUUUGUGACAGCUUCAACUGGAGUUGCUGCGUGUGCCAUUAAUGGCUUGACCCUCCAUUCCUUCGCCGGCAUUGGCCUUGCUGAUGUUGACCGCGAAACUUUGCUGUCUAGGGUUUUCUCUGAUAGGAAGGCCUACAGGAGGUGGAAUAAGGCCAAAGUUCUGGUUAUUGAUGAAAUUAGUAUGAUUAGUGCUGAAUAUUUCGAUAUGCUAGAGUACAUAGCCCGGCUAGUACGAGAUGGGAAUCCGUCGUUUAAGCGCAGAGUUUGGGGUGGAUUACAGCUGGUUGUGAGUGGAGACUUUUACCAGUUGCCUCCUAUUAUUAAGAAGAAUAAGAAGGAUGAGACGAAGGAUGUAAAGGUAUAUGCAUUUGAAGCGGAUUGCUGGGAUGAAAGUUUUGAUUUGCAAAUUGUGCUUCCUCUUGUUUUCAGGCAGUCAGAGCCUACACUUGUAAAAGUUCUGCAGGGAAUACGGAAAGGAGUGUUUGAUCCUGAGGAUCUAAAACUUUUAGAACAAAGAUCCUGCUUGCCAGAGGAGGAUCCUUCAGCCGUACAGCUCUUUCCACGUAUUGUAGAUGUCAAUAGGGUGAAUAAGAAGUGCUUGCUCGACUUAGGGGAGCGAAUAACUGUUUAUACUGCUCUUGACACUGGUGAAGAAUCUUCAAAGAAGCAGCUUAAGUCAGGAAUUGUUCCCGAUCAGCUUGAGCUCUGUAUAGGAGCAAGGGUGAUGUUGUGUAAGAAUAUAAAUAUCUACCAGAAGCUUGUGAAUGGUGCCACUGGCACAGUAAUAGAUUUCCACGACCUGAUUGAUGCCAAAUCUCAGCAUGGUGUUCACGAUAAUGCUUGCAGGAAACAUAGUGUUACUGACAUGUAUGAUGGAGAUCUUGAGAGCAUAAGUAGUGAUGGGAAAGUGUUACCAGUGGUAAAAUUUGAUUUUGGAGAUGUGUAUAGGAUUGGUCUGGAGACAUGGGUUGUGAUGGAUGGAGAUACAGUUGUUGCUAAGCGUAGGCAGAUACCCCUCAUGCUAGCAUGGGCUCUAAGCAUUCACAAAUGUCAGGGCAUGACCAUCGACCGCCUGCAUACAGACCUCAGUCGAGCUUUUGGCAAUGGAAUGGUUUACGUUGCACUUUCACGUGUGAGAACCUUGGAUGGGCUUCACUUAUCGGGUCUUAACCCUAAGAAGAUUCAAGCGGAUCCAAAAGUUAAGGAUUUCUACGAGAGAAUCUCCUCUUUGCAGGAUAAGCAUUAUCAGGAUGCAAGUGCGUAUUAUUAUAAACCUGUUGGAAAGGUUACCCAAAAUGUAAGAUAA